GCCGUGUGUACAAUUUCCAUGGUACACCGCCACAGUCUUGCACUAGUUUGUUGGAAGCCCACCCACAUCCAGUUGGUGUUGGAGAGGAGGAUGUGGAUGGGAAAAAGAGGAAAGUGAGGCAGGAGGACACCUCUAAGAAAAAGAAAAAGAGGUUCAGGUUGUGGAGGUGGGGCUCUUGUUGGAGAGCUGGUCAAAAAUACAGCAGGAAAGCCAGCUCAGUUCAGGGUGAAGAUGAGGCUCAGGGUACUGAUGCAGAAGCAGUAUCAUCUAGAAGUCCUGAUGAUCAGAAUUCACUACAGCAGUUCAUCUGUACUAUAGAGAACCACAGUCAUCAGGAACCUUCAGGCAGUGACCCUGAAGUCUCUCCUGUAGCAGAGGAACAUCUGGCUUUUCAUCCUGAUACAGAUGUCCUCCAAUCACCAGUAUGGAGCGACAACGUCGCUCAGACUCCAGUCGAUACCCCAUCAAACUGGAGCUCUCACAUUACCCAGGCUCCAGUCCUUCAUACUGCAUCUGACAGGAGCAUUAAUCCAGUCUUUACCACAUCGAACUGGAAUGGUGAUUUUGCCCGGACGUCAUCUGACUGGAAUAUUUAUGCCGGCCUGACUUCAGCAUGCACCAUGUCAGACUGGAGCACUGACGUCACACAGACUUCAGCACGCACUGCAUCAAACUGGAGCGCUGACAUCACCUAUACUCCAGACCUCACCGCUUCUGAUUGGAGUACCGAUAUCACUCAGACUCCAGUCCGGCGCACCCCUUCCAACUGGAGCAACGACAUUGCCCAGACUCCAAUCUGCACCACAUCAAACUGGAGCGUCAAUGUCAUCCAAACUUCAGUUAGUUCCACAGAGGUCUCUGUAUCACCUCUGGCAUGGCAGUUGGAGAAAAAUGGAAAGAUGAAAAUUGAAGUCAUCAAUUCCUGCCACUAUGUGAUCGGUGAUAUGCUGGGUGAAGGAACCUUUGGAGCCGUGUAUGAGGGGAGUCGUCUGCAGGAUGGCUUUAAGGUAGCAGUGAAAUAUGUCGCAAAGACGGAGAAUGUGGAAUACAUCAGUAUCCCGGGUCAUUCCAAGCCCCUUCUACUAGAGGUUGCACUGCACAUCCUCGCCAACAGAGGCCCCAGCAUUCCAGAAAUAAUCCAACUGCUGGACUGGCAGGACCAGCAUGACCAUUAUGUAAUGGUGAUGGAGCGCCCCUCACCCUGCGCGGACCUGUUUGAAUUUGCAGAAUGCCAUGGAGGCAGCAUUGAUGAAGGCUUAGCUUGUGUCGUCAUGCGGCAGGCAACACAGGCUGCCUACAUGUGCUGCCGCCGUGGGGUUCUACACGGCGAUAUUAAACUUGAAAAUCUGCUCAUUAAUAAGGAGACCCAUGAAGUCAAGCUAAUUGAUUUUGGGUGUGGCGACCUCCUUAAGAAAUCGUCCUACAAGAUAUUCACUGGCACUGAUCAGUACUGCCCCCCAGAGUUUAAGGAGAAGGGUGAGUACAAUGGGAAGCCAGCAACAGUCUGGUCUCUUGGUGUUCUCUUGUUCGCAUUGGUGUGUGGGGAUUUUCCCAACGUUGAUGACUUGAACAAGAUCAAUGCAAACAACUUCUACAAAGCUGGCUUGUCAGUAGAAUGCUGCCAAUUGAUUAGUUCUUGUCUCCAGCAAGAGCCAGAGCAGCGACUUCGAUUAAGCGAGAUUCUUCUCCACGACUGGUUCAAGGUAACAGACGUGGAGAACCUAAAAACAGUGUAAAGAAAAGGACAGGAACAAAUGGAGUGGCUCUACAGUCGUGGCUUCGGCCCCCAAGAUCCCUAUCAUGGCCCCAGAGGUUCUGGUCAAAUAAACAAGCAAGGCGACUUUGCCCAAGAGCUCCCUGUCCUAGCCCCCAACAUGUUCCUGUCAAUGUUGUCUCAGAGGUUGGGCCUCCUCAGAGGUAGUGCCUGUCUCCUUCCACAUCCAAAGAUGUUCCAAUCUGUUUGGCCCUAGUCCUGGCUGGUUCUCAAGGCUUCCCUCUUCCAAGGGCAUACGUUUGCCCUAAAGAUUUCUGCCCCAGAGCCAGUGGCGGAGAUCACACCACUUCCAAAGUUGGUGCCCUGGUACCAUAGCUCCCUAUCUUGGGCUUCCUGGGUCCAAGUGGUUUGUGUCAUUGUGUCAGGUUUGUAGUCUUUAGUGAAAUCAUUAAACUUUAUGUGAAAGUAACUUUCUUUGCUCCCUUCUAUGGCUAGCCUAGAGGGAACUGUAAUAGCCCCAGCAAAAGUCAGCACCCAAAGCCAACUCCUUGGCUAGUUUCUCCUACGUCUUUAGUUCCUGUGAGAGCAACCCAAGAUUUCUUGUUAUAGCCACCUCAGAUGUUUAUGGACAGCUUGGUCCCCAAGGUCCCGUACCUGCCCCUGUUGGUCUUAGUCAAAGCCAGUAUCCAUUAAUGACUUAGCUCCCUGCCAGUGAUGUUCCUGUCACUACUCACCCAUAGGUUCUUGAUAUGAACCUUGUCAAAGCCAUUCCCUUGGUUCCAGAGCUCCCUGUUUCUAGUUGUCCCAGGCUGCUCUAGUCCAAGUGUUCCAUUCCACUCAGAUACUAGUGUUAGAACUGUCUGAGAUCUUCCUGUUGCUGCCUGUUUGAGCCUCUCAUUCCAGUCCCAAAUAUCCCUAUCUCAGGCCACCACAGUCACAGUGCCAUAGGUCACUGUCAUCUGCCCAUAGGUUCCUGUCAUGGACCCUACCAGAGCCCAAGGCCUUCCCUGUCCUGUCACUGCCAUCUUCAUAGCCAGCAGUCAAAGAUACCCUGUCUUCAGCUGCCCUAGUCCUGCCCCAA